CUGUGGUGUGUAGCCUUCUCUCUGUCUCAGUGACUUGUUUCUUUUUCCCUUACAGAUCCUCCUAGAGGACAAUGGCUGCAGAUAACGUCUCCUCUGUGACAGAGUUUGUCCUUGCAGGCUUAACAGAUGAGCCAGAACUCCAGAUGCCCCUCUUCUUUCUGUUUCUAGGUUUCUAUGUGGUCACGGUGGUGGGGAACCUGGGCCUGAUAACCCUGAUUGGGCUGAAUUCUCACCUUCAUAUUCCCAUGUACUUUUUCCUCCUCAACUUGUCCUUCAUAGAUUUUAGUUAUUCCACUACUCUCACCCCUAAAAUGCUCAUGGGUUUUGUCUCAAAGAGAAAUACCAUUUCCUAUGCAGGGUGUAUGACUCAGUUUUUUUUUUUCUGCUUCUUUGUCUUUUCUGAAUCCUACAUCUUGUCGGCGAUGGCAUAUGACCGUUAUGUCGCCAUCUGUAAACCACUGCUGUACACAGUCACCAUGUCUCCUCAGGUGUGUUUCCUCCUUUUGUUGGGUGUUUAUGGGAUGGGGGUGUUUGGGGCUGUGGCCCAUAUGGGAAACCUAAUGUUUAUAACCUUUUGUGCUGACAACCUUGUCAAUCACUAUAUGUGCGAUAUCAUUCCCCUCCUUGAGCUCUCCUGCAAUAGCUCGUAUAUAAAUUUGCUGGUGGUCUUUAUUGUUGUGACCAUCGGCAUUGGGGUGCCCAUUGUGACCAUUUUCAUCUCUUAUGGUUUCAUUCUUUCUAGUAUUCUCCAUAUUAGUUCUACUGAGGGCAGAUCCAAAGCCUUCAGUACCUGCAGUUCCCAUAUAAUUGUGGUAUCUCUUUUCUUUGGAUCUGGAGCUUUUAUGUACCUCAAACCACCUUCUAUUUUACCCCUUGACCAGGGGAAGGUGUCUUCUGUAUUCUACACUGCUGUGGUGCCCAUGUUCAACCCAUUAAUCUAUAGUCUGAGGAACAAGGAUGUCAAAAUUGCCCUGAAGAGAACCUUAGGCAGAAAAAUCUUCUCUUGA